CACGCACUCUAGAGGGGGCCAAGCCCCAGUCUGAGCUCCCCACAGUCCCCGGGGGGUUGAGGUUUGGGCCUCACGUGCACCGUUUCCUUCUCAAGAGCUGGGGCUCCUUGGCAGUGAUGAUUUGGGUCCCUGCUGAUAGUUUAUGAUGCCCCAGGGCCUUGGUGCCUCUGAGGCUUUCAGCCCCCGCCAUGGCUAGCAUUUCAGCUCCCCUGCUCCAGUCACUGUCCCAGGGCCAGCUCUGGUUCCUGCCUAGCCCUACAACUGCAUUGCAUGCCCCGUGUUUGCACCCAGCUGAUCCUCCAUCUAUGCCAGGCCUUCUGCUCUGGCCCGGGAGCACGUCAGGCACAGGGGACCCCACGAGGAGCUGCCAGGAGCUCAGGCACGUAGCGGAAAGAGCUGUCUUCGCCGUGACAGGAGCUCCUGCAAUGGAGGAGAGCCUUGGAGAACAUCCCUUCGAAGACGGCACUAGCAGAACCACCGAGAUCUCCCUGUUGGGUUAUUAAAAUUCUGAGGCCCAACAGCGCAGGGAGAUGAAAGAAACCCUUCCCAGCGCCGAGAGAGAGACGGGGUGUGUGUGACAGAGAGACAGACGGACGGCGUGUAUGAGAGAGACAGACAGACGGCAACAGUGCACAGAGACAAUGUGUGCACGGCGCUGGGCAGUGGGCAAGCGGGUGGGUGCUGGGAACGCGUGUUUCCCCUUGGGGUGUGAGCAGAGCCCAGCAGCCCCAGAGCCCCAUCCGCUCUGCCAGAGCACAACUCCAGGCACUUAUCCCUCCCCGGAGGGGCAGGAACUCAGCGAGUUCACAUCAGAGCCGUCGCUGGUGGAGUUUCCGACACAGGAAAAAAACAAAGGACUAGCACAUAGCGGAAAGAGCUGCGUUCGCCGUGACAGGAGCAGAGCAGGGACGGGACAUGGAGUACGAGGCCAAGAAGGGGAAGAAGGGGUUUGUGUCUCCCAUCAAGCGGCUGGUUUUCCCCAAGGCAGCUCGCAGGCAGGCGGUCAGGAGCAGUGUCUACCGGAGGCCUCUGCAUUCGGUCCCUCUCUACCCCCCAGAUUAUCUCAUCGAUCCCCAAAUACUGCUGCACGACUACGUGGAGAAGGAGGUGAAGCCAAGAUGACAGAAUCUUGUGAGACUGAAACCCUCAGAUCCCUACUUUGCACUGGCCUCUCAUGCCCUGUGGGCCCAGCGAAAGCCCAGGAGAAGGACGUGCCGAGGGGAGUUCUUCAAACGUUUUUAGGCCACCUGACCUGGGUGACGUCCUCCUUGAACCCCUCCAGCCGGGAUGAGCUGCUGCAGCUCCUGGACACGGCCCGGCAGCUGAAGGAACUGCCCCUCCAGACAACCCCGGAGCAGGACAGUAUCCUGAGCCUGUCGGCCCGCUGCCUCCUCCUCACCUGGAGAGACAAUGAGGAGCUCAUCCUGAGGAUCCCCACCCAUGAGAUCGCGGCCGCCUCCUACCUGCGGGAUGAUGCCCUGCACCUCCUGGUGCUGAAAACAGGCCUGGGAGUUGACCCCGUUCCUGCAGGGGGCAACCUGGACAUGUACCCAGGGGGCAGUCUGGAGAAAAAGCUCCCUGGAGGGGCAGCUGAGAAGAGGCAGGCGGGGAUCUGCCUGGAGCCCAAGCACCUCGGGGGCACCAUGGAGCGCCGGCACACCAUCUGCAGCCUGGACUGGAAGAUGGCCCGGGGCGGGCAGGAGGGCAGGCAGGGUGGGGGAGGGAGCCUGGAGAGAAAGCAGGCCAGUGGCAGCUGGGAGAAGAGGCGCGGCAGCCGGGCGGGCGGGAGCUGGGAGCGGAGACAGACCUACAGCAGCAGCUGGGAGCGGAGGCAGCUGGGGAAGGCUGGGGGCAGCUGGGAGCGGGGUAAGACGUACGGCAGCUGGGAGCGGAGGCACACAGGGAAUAACCCACUGGAUCCCAAGGAGCCCAGCCCUGAGGCAUAUUGCAACAUCAUCAUCCUGGCCGUGGCCAACAGGGAUGCCGCUGAAGAAUCCUGUGCUCUCAUCUGCCAGGUCUUCCAGAUCAUCUAUGGGGACCAGAGCAUCGAGUGCGUAGACCGGGCUGGCUUCCACUACACCUCCACCCCCGAGCGCCCCUGGCUCUCCAGCAGGAGCGAGAGCUGCCGCACUGAUGGAACGUAUGGCUACGACGCUGAUUUCAGCUGCUGCAGCUCAUUCAAUGGCUCCCACGAGACCUUUGACGCAUAUUACAGUGGGACUUCUUCCCCUUCCUUUCGGGAGUCGCGUGACAGCCUGGCCAGUGACCAGAGCAGCGUGGGACUGGAGCAGCUGCAGGACUAUAUGAUCACAGUACUCUCCUUGCUACUGCAUCAUGGGGGAGUCUUCAUUUCCCCUGGCCUCAUUCCAUCCUUCCAACCCCGAGUCCUACUGCAUCACUGCCAGGGACCUGUGGGAGGCUGGGCUGGUCUGCCGCCAUCUCUAACCCUGCUCUCUCUCUCUGCUCUGCAGUUGAGGAACAAGCUCUCCCCCCAGGAGAUCCAGCAGUUUGCGUUGCUGCUCAGGGAGUACCGGAUGGGAAGGUCCGUCCAGGAAUACUGUUCUGAUCUCCUCCAGCUCUAUGGGGACAAGAGGAAGUUUCUCCUUCUGGGAAUGCGGCCCUUCAUCCCAGAUCAGGACAUCGGCUACUUCGAGAGCUUCCUGGAGAGCAUCGGCAUCCGGGAAGGGGGGAUCCUGACCGACAGCUUUGGGCGGAUAAAGCGCAGCAUGAGCAACACCUCCGCCUCCGCUGUGCGCAGCUACGACAGCUGGUCCCUCCGCUCCGAGUCGGAGUCCUUCAACCGCAUGAUCACGGACAUCACCCAUGACAUCGAGGCCCUGGCACGUGAUGAGGAGGAGGAGGAGGAGGAGGAAGACAACUAUCUGUGAGGGACUCCCACCUCCUCCCCCAAAGGGCGCUCGGUGAUUCACUCUGCGGCCAGGAGAUUCCUUGAGAUCCCGAAACCUCUUGGCUGAAUUCGAAUGGUGCUAGCCCCACUCCAUUUCAGCCGAGCUGGGCUGGCGCUAGCCUGCUGGCUUUUGAUCCCUCACUGCUCCAGAGCUGCCGCCUCAUCUCCUCAGUGGUCCUGGACUCUGCAAGGGGCUGCUGGGGGGAGAUUGAGCUGUUGCCAUUCGCUGGACCUUGGCUCCACACACCCCAGUGAGGCUCUGUCUGCACCUUGCCCCCGGCUGGAGUGGCUUGGAUUGUAGCACCACUAACAGCGGGAGGGGACUGAGACCUGCCUUACCUGGCGGUGGAUUUCUGGAGCAGCAAUUACCGUUCAACGUUUGGGAUGAAAUUCUUCUCUCGGUGAGGCCAGUCCCCCCCUCUACAGGUCUGGGGAGGCUCCACGGGGGGAACUGCGGGCAGAGCUUUGUGUAAGGGGCCUGAUCAUUAACGAUCAUCCCAGCAGGAAGAGGGCAGCCGCUGCCCUCCACACGCACUAGCGACUCUCGUCAGCGUUCAUGGGAUUCCCUCGUCGGCACCCAGGGGAGCAGAGACCCUGUGGGCCAGGCGCGGGCAUGUGUUUGGAGUAAUUAGGAACAGCAUUAAACUCCGGGGCUGGUG